GUGCUCACCACGGCCGCGCGUGCUUGGGCUCGUCCGUUCUCUGUCUCCACUGUGCCAUUCCCUCGUUUGGAUGUCUUUCCUUCGCCGUCGUCGUUUGUUUGGCCACGUGUUGUGCGAACCAGCGCAUGGUGCUGACCAUGCCGUCAAGUCGUUCAAGUACAUGCUUCGUGCCUGGAUGUAAAGGCGGGUAUCGAUCGUGCUCAGAGAAGUUAUCGGUCUUUAAAGCCCCGAAGGAUCUCUCGAGACGAGAGCAAUGGGCUCGUAAUAUUAAGCGGGCUGACAAAGAACUGACGAGAGACAGCGUCGUAUGCGAGCGGCACUUCGACGAGAGUUUCAUUGAAAGAACAUACCGGCACGUUAUAAACGGUGAGGUUGUAGAGAUACCCCGUGAUCGUCCGCGUUUGUCAGACGAUGCUGUGCCUACGUUGUUCCCGGACGCACCGAAGUACUUUACCAAAAAAGCACCCGUGAAAAGAAAGGAUCGCAAUGUAUGUGAGCAGCACGGACCUGCCAAAAAACGGCAAAAGCCUAACUCAGUCAGCAGACAACAGCCCGAAGUACUCGUGCAGCAGCAGGAGCUGGAAGAUCCCAGUGUUCCUGAGGUCGGAACAUCUGACGCAGUCCACGCCGUCGCCGAAGUUCAGCAUGCGGGCUUGAACCUCCGUCUACCUGACGAAACGUGGAACAAGUUAACGUUUCGCGGUGAACAUGAUUCUGCAGUGUACGGCGUUUGUGAGCUCGAGGGCGAACAAGUUGACCACAUCUUGCUUCCCAAGCUGGUUAAAUUCAAAGCUAAUAGCUGCCAACAGAACUCAUUGUGUUGCUUUGUAUACCUGAGGGGAAAACUGCAUUCACAGUGUACCGUCUCGUCGCAGGAAGAAGGGCAGUCGGUGCUCGACAGCACACAUGCACUUACAUUGUGUCGAGGCUGCGGCAUCAGACCGGAAAAGCAAGGACAGUAUGUAAUCUUUGCUGGGAAUUGCUUUUCCGCCAAGUGUACUUACGUGUGUGAGAGUGGCGGCUCCUGCAUACACUGCAAGUACCUCAGAAAACUGGUGCAAAAUCAAAUGUCGCGAAAGCGGCGCAACGGGCGCGUGUCAAAACGUCGGAAAAAACUCGCUAACACGCGUCGCAUCUUGCUUACCGCUCAGAAAAAGUUGUUGAAUGCAGAACGCGAACUAGCAGCGAUGCGUCAGGCAAAUCAACAGAUUGCCGACGAGGUGUUGGGCGCUCGCAUUAAAAGUUUGCCUGAAAAGCAACAAAUGGCUGUCAAGGCCUGCUUCGAGGCAGCUGCGAGAAAAUCAACAUCGGGGAUGUUGUAUGAGAAAGAAUGGAUUUUGGAGUGUGUACUUCUGCGGAUGCGUAGUCCCAAGUUGUACGAGCAUCUCCGUAAGCAAAAAGUUCUUAUAUUUCCAAGCAGGACGUGUCUGCAGCGCUAUACUCGCAGUUUCAAGAGUGGAUUCGGAUUCAAUAGUGCAGUUUUCAAUGCCCUUGCUACCAAGACUAGAGACAUGGACAUCUCUAGUAGACAUGGAGGCAUCAUCCUCGAUGAAAUUAAGUUGGCUGAGCAUUUCAGCGUCAACGCAGUAGGUAAGCACCACCAUUUCUUCAAUCGAGCAUCAGAUCACUGA